ACAACCAGCACCAGGGCUCUCUGAUCUGUCUGUAAUGCAAUAAUAUGAACUCAAGAACGAGAAGCUCGAAGCAGAAAGUCAGGAAGAUGGGCUCGCCAGGGUUGAGCACGUCUCUAUCGUGGAUGGCCUUUGCAGAGACGGACGACUUCCUCACAAGGAACUUGGUGGACAACAUGUACUUUUGGAUCGAGACGAGAAAGAUCAGCCACGGUUACCAGAGAGGUUUGAUGAUAGACAGAGAGGUGCUUUUGAAGAUCCUGAAGAAGCAGGUGGUGAAGAUGGAAAAGUUGUGCUUGGAUAAAUGUACAGAGUCACUAAUGAAUACUAAAGCGAUGCAGACGUUUUUACGGAGGUACAACGGUGAUGAAGAGGUGCUCAGUGGUAUCCGCUCCCAUGUCCAGAGAUAUCUCUGCAUGUACCAUGCGAGCUGUGGGUUUGAGCUUGCCGUUACAGACCGUUUUAAGGUUAAGACUGGGACGAGUGAAUGCUGUGUCGUUGCGAGAAGAGUUUUUGAUAAGAACGAAGAGGUUAAAUACCUUGCGGGUUCAUUGUCGCCUCUUGUUCCAGGUGAAGAAGAGCCUCCCAUAAUUAGUGACUUCAGCGUGAUUAACAUACCUCGAUGUGACUAUCCAUGUCUCCUCUUGGGACCUAUACGGUUUGUCAACCAUAACUGUUCACCAAAUGCAAAGUUUGUGAUGGCCCAAGGUGAGAUGAAGAUUAUUACUUUGAAGAGAAUACUUGUCGGGGAGGAGAUCACAGUGUCGUAUUCAAACUCUUACUUCGGCAAAGAUAACAUGCACUGUCUAUGUGCAACGUGUGAAGCUGAACAGAAAGGAUACUAUGAUCCUGGGAGGUUUCAAAUCCCUGCCUUCGCAGAACUCAUAGAAGUGCUAAGCUCAGAUAUGGAAUCUGAUACUGAAGUGAUAGAAUUGGAUUCGGAUGAUCCCAGCUCAUCAUCUGUACUUAUAUCAAGUGAUUCUGAAACAGAGGAGACCAAUUCAGGAAUACAUGUGCAUCAACAGAGAGCAUCUCGGAUGAUGCGUGGGUUGGAAAUGAAUCAUAAAACCUUUAAAAAUUUAAAAGGGUAUCAAAUAUCAGGGAAAAUUCUUCGUGAUAGACAAAAGAUACAUCGGCGUGGAUCAAUGACAUCCAUCUUGGAUUCGCUGCCGUUGGAUUGUUCUACGGAUUCUAAGUUACUCCAGGCUAAAAUUGACCAAAGAGAGUUGGAGAGGCGUUCUCGGAACAGAACACUUCACAAACUAUACAUGAAAGAAUUGUAUCAAACGGACCAGGAAGAACUCCUUGAAACAACGUAUGAUUGUUUGAACUGUGGCAUAUACUUCAGGUGUACCGAAAAGUUCCCUUUCGUCAAUUAUUGUGAACGUUGUCGUCGUCAUCAAUUAAUCUUCAACUCGGCAUGGCCUGGCAUCAUAAGUAAUUCUGGUACAAAGUGUAAGCGUUUGAAUCUGAAUAGCUCAAAAGACAGGCCAUCCAUUGCUGAUGUUAUCAAGAUGAAAACUUCUAUGACCUGCAAACCAAGUCGUCAAAAUCUCAGAGCUCUUACCUAUCCUCGAGCUAAGAUAAAGAAACCUUCAAUCACAAUGUCUGGUCGCAAGACACAUACAAGCAAAUUUACUAGAAGGGUACUUGCAUAUGGACAACAUGAACAACCAAGUUUUCUUGAUGAGUUUACAUCAUCUGACAAUUCUUCCUCAGAUGAGGCUGAUUUAGAAGAUGACAGUGUAAAGCUGUUGCAGCUGAGCAUAAAUGUGAAAUUUAAAGAGCAAAAUACGGAGACUCCUUAUAAUAAGGUGAAGUUGAAAUCGCAGAAGGCUCAGUCUGGUAAUGUUGGUAAAGCUCUGAGACUCGAAUGGUCCCAAUCACAAGAUUCAAGUGAUUCAGCAAACAAUGAGUGUCGUCUAAUCAGACCCUCUGUUUUGGAAGUUGAAAGUAUAAAUGAUGAAAUAACCUAUGUGAAGGAUAAAGUCUCGAGCUAUUCCAGGAAUGUCACGGAUACAAACGUGGCAAAUCCCCUCGAGUCCGUGAAGGAAUUCAUAGUUAUAUCAGAUUCUGAAUCUGACGGAGACUUGGUUCUAAUCGAUUAAUGAUAUAAUACAUAGAGCA